AAAGCAAAAGCACUAAAGGCAGCUCAUACUGAAGCAGGAGUCGCUUUCCAGGCUGCACUGUCACUUUUACAUUAUUUUUUUUUGCAUGGACUCUGAGCUUUAUGAAGCUCUUGAGGCUCAUUUCGCAUCUGUACCCGUGAAUACGAGAGCUGACGGUGUGAUUUGCGCGCUUUACUUUGCUCCACGUCUCUGCAGUGCGGAGCUCUUCAAAUCAAAAUACUGUUGCCUCACAUUCGGUGGUAUGAGGAUUUCCGCAACCAUAGGAAUGCCAAGAGCGUUCCCUGUGCUUUAAGGCAUGUGAGGAAUGCAUCUGACCAGCCCCAAGGGGCUGAAAUCGAAACCCCCUGAGAUAUGGAUGCAUGGUCUGAAUUUUGCCGAGUGAGACUGACCUGAGCUUUGAAUUGCUACAACUGAGAACAUCUGGCUGACAUUCAGGAUUGCAGCAGUGACUCGGAAGGGGCUUAUAAGGCCCCGAAUGAGCUGGGAUUUUAUUUUCGGGCUGCUUCUCAGGACCCUAUGAGACGCUCAUCCCCUGGACCUGCUGCACUGUCUUGUAUGGACAGAGAAAGAAUUUUGUCUCUGUGGGACUCCAACCGCUCCCAUCUUUCCUCCUUCACCAUGAAGCUGAUGGACAAGUUCCACUCUCCCAAGAUUAAGAGGACGCCGUCGAAGAAGGGGAAGCAGCCGGAAGCGGCGGUGAAGGCAGCGGAGAAGCCGGCUAAUAAGAAGGUCAGCCGGCUAGAGGAGAAUGAGAAGGAGGUGGUCAGCGCCCUGCGCUACUUCAAGACCAUCGUCGACAAGAUGGCGGUGGACAAAAAGGUCCUGGAGAUGCUGCCGGGCUCUGCCAGCAAAGUGCUGGAGGCCAUCUUGCCGCUGGUCCAGGUGGAACCAAGGAUCCAGCACAGCUCGGCCGUGACCUCCUGCCUCAACCGUGUGUACCAGAGCUUGGCCAACCUCAUCCGCUGGUCCGACCAGGUCAUGUUGGAGGGCGUCAACCAGGAGGACAAGGAAGCCAUUAGCACAGUUACCACUGUCAUUAAAGCAGUGCUGGAUGGGGUCAAGGAGCUGGUGAAGCUGACCAUAGAGAAGCAGGAGCAGCCCUCCCCAGCGUCCCCCGUCAAGCCGGCGCCGCCCGUCACCGUGUCGGAGAGCACCCCAGAGCUGCCCCUUAACGACCGGGAGAAGGAAAUCCUGACCAAGACGGCAGCUGUGACGCAGCCCAUGGAGACCCUGGCGGACGAGGCUGACGAGGAGGUGGCCCCCCCCAAGCCUCCUCUGCCUGGGCUGAAGGUUCCAGACCACAGCCCCCCAGCCCUUCCGCCGAAAAAGCGCCAGUCUGCCCCUUCCCCUACCAGGGUCGCUGUGGUCGCCCCCAUGAGUCGGACCACAAGUGGCACCAGCCUUCCUGUCGGCAUCAACAAGCAGGAUUACGACAUCGAGUACCUGCAGCGGCGCUUCUCCGGGGGCAGCCACUCGUUCUGCGGCGAGUCCCCACACCUCUCCCCCUGCAGCAGCAUGGGCAAACUCAGCAAGUCCGACGAGCAGCUGUCGUCGCUGGAGCAGGACAGUGGGCAGUGCUCACGCAACACCAGCUGUGAGACCCUGGACAACACGGAGAGCUACGACCCCGACUACGACUUCCUGCACCAGGACUUGUCCAACGCAGAGCACCUCCCAGCGGGGGGGUGCCUGAGUCCCCUGCCAGAGAGCCACAGCGAGUCGCCCCCGCCCGGCUUUGCGCCUCAGGCUCCACAGCUUGGUUACAGCGUCCCACCCAGCCCACAGCUUCCCCUUCAGGGUCCAGGUGGGGGCGCUCCGCCCGCGCUGCCCCAGAAGAAACGUCGUAGCACCUCACAGGCCUCGGGCGCCCUGGACGGCUCGGGGAUGCGGGCCUCCUACGAGCGCCACCCAUCACACUACGACAACAUCUCCGAGGAGGACCUGCAGUCGGUGCCGCCCUUCCCGCUCUUCACGCCCGGCUCGCCCAUGCCCCAGAGCAACGGCGGGGGCUACCUGCCCGAAUUCAUCUCCGGCGAGACCGGCGACAUCCCCGAGAGCCCGCCGCCCCUCCCCGAGAAGAAGAGCCGACACAUCCUGCAGUACAUGCAGUUCGUAGAGGACUACUCGGAGCCGCAGCCGUCCGUCUUCUACCAGACGCCCCAGAACGAGAGCAUCUACGAGCAGCGCAACAAGCGCUUCCAGGAGGUAUACGGCUUCAACGACUCCUUCAGCAGCAGCGACUCUGUGCACGAGCCCCUGCCACCUCCCGCCCUGCCGCCCAAGCAGAGGCAGCUGGCCUCGCACUCUGCUUCCCCUUCCUCCUCCUCUUCCUCCUCUCUCUCCUGCCACCUCCAGCACACGGCAGUGGCUCCGGAGGAGGCCAACGCUGCGCUCAGCCUCAGCCUGUCCGUCUCUAACUCCUUCCUGAGUGGCCACUCCUCCCUGACCACGCCCAUGAGCUCGGACCUUAUGGCGCCGGCCAACACCUGCCAAUCAGCCGAUCCAGGGGUUGUGGCCAAUGGUUCCCUGGACAGCUCUGGUGGUUCUCUCGCUGUCUGCCUUCCUUCUGAACCUUCUCUCGCUGACUCUCUUCAGCCCUCUGUGAGCGAGAGCGCUAACGACGAGGGCGGGGAGGGGGAGUACGUCAAUCUGUACUCGUCCAGCCAGGCCAACGGGAAGGUGCCGCUCUCCCUCGGAGAUCCCACGGGUGCUGCUGACGAUAUUCUCCAAGACCCCAGCACACAGGAACCCCCGUCCAACGGCAAGGAGUCCCUGAAUUCAGAAAGUAGAAGACAGAAGUCGACUGACUCGGGCCAGAGCGAGGAGGAAGUGGACGAGCUCUCCCUCAUCGACCACAAGGAGAUCAUGUACCGCAUAACGCUAAAGCAGGAGAACGACGACGGUCCCGAUGUUCGUGCCGGAUCAGGAGACAUUUUAUUAGUCCAUGCGACCGAGACGGAUCGCAAAGACCUUGUUUUAUACUGUGAGGCCUUCCUGACGACUUAUAGGACGUUUAUAACCCCCGAAGACCUUAUAAAGAAGCUGCACUAUCGAUAUACCAGGUUUUGUCACAGCCCCGACACGUUCAAGAAGCGAGUCAGCAAAAACACCUUCUUCGUACUGGUUCGUGUGGUGGACGAGCUGUGCCUCGUGGAGCUGACUGACGAUAUACUGAAGCAGCUGAUGGAUCUAGUUUUCCGACUCGUGUGUAACGGGGAGCUAAGUCUGGCCCGGGUCUUACGGAAGAACAUUCUGGACAAAGUGGAGCAGAAGAAGCAGCUGCGCUAUACCAACUGCCUGAAGCCGCUGGCUGCCCGUGGGGUGGCAGCAAGACCCGGCACUCUUCACGACUUCCGCAGUCACGAGAUCGCCGAUCAGCUCACUCUCCUGGACGCGGAGCUCUUCUAUAAGAUUGAGAUCCCCGAAGUGCUGCUGUGGGCAAAGGAACAGAAUGAGGAGAAGAGUCCCAAUCUGACGCAGUUCACAGAGCACUUUAACAACAUGUCCUAUUGGGUGCGCUCCAUAAUCAUUCAGCAGGAGAAGGCCCAGGACAGGGAGAAACUGCUUCUUAAGUUUAUCAAAAUUAUGAAGCAUUUAAGAAAGCUGAAUAAUUUUAACUCCUAUUUGGCGAUACUGUCAGCGUUAGAUUCUGCACCUAUUAGAAGACUGGAAUGGCAAAAACAGACUUCAGAGGGGUUAGAGGAGUACUGCACCUUGAUUGACAGCUCCUCCUCCUUCCGGGCAUAUCGAGCAGCACUGGCAGAUGUUGAACCUCCAUGCAUCCCAUACCUAGGGCUCAUCCUGCAGGAUUUAACCUUUGUCCAUCUGGGGAACCCAGACCUAAUAGAAGGAAAAGUCAACUUCUCCAAAAGAUGGCAGCAGUUCAACAUCCUGGACAGUAUGAGGCGCUUCCAGCAAGUACACUAUGAGCUGAAGCGCAAUGACGACAUCGUCUCCUUCUUCAAUGACUUCAGUGACCACCUGGCAGAGGAGGCUCUCUGGGAGCUGUCUUUGAAAAUCAAGCCAAGGAAUAUCACGAGACGCAAGACCGAGCGGGAGGAGAAGACCUAGGAGUGUGGAAACAUCUCGCUGCCUCAGAGGGCGACAGAGCAGAACUAGAAUAACACUUUGAGAGACAAAACAAAACAACAAACAAUCGCCUGAAUACGGAAAAGAAAAAAAAAACUGUGACGGCAGCUAAAGAACUGGGAAAUGUUGUGUCUGUUACAGUUUACAGAACUUUUUUAUUAUUAUUUGUUGGGAACUAUGGAACUCUGCCGUGUCUCAGCCUGAGCUUGGGCUGAGUUGGACGAAAGAUCAGCUCGGAGCACAAAAAGCAGGAGGCUACAGAGAGGAUUCGGUUAAACCGAUAAUUAUUAUUAUUAUUAUUAUUAUUUUUUACAUUACGUCCUAUCCAUUUCAAUGUGUGUGUGUGUGUGUGUCUUGUACAUUGCCAACCAUGUCUGGGAGUGACCUUCCUCCGCCUACUUGGGAAGCCAAGAUGUUUGCCUGUACAUGGAUGACUCCUCUAUCGUGACGUGCCAUCCUGAGACCCUGUCCCAUCCUCAUGGACUGUGGUUGUCUGACUGUGGACCCCCCCCCCCCAAUCUGAAAAUGAGGACGACUGUCCACUAGGGUUCUGGACAUAAAUGACAACCCUUGGUGAGGAUGGCAAUGAACCUGCGAGUGGAUGGAGACAUUGUCCUAGAAUAAACAUGUGACAGCCAAAUUUUGACAGUGGGUUUUGUUUGAAGCUUAAGUGUAUGGAUGAUUGUGUGUGUAGAUAUAUAUAUAUAUUUCUCCUUUUGUUCUUUAAAAGGGUUUCAAUUUGUAAGCAGUGGAUCUUACCUCCUUCCGAGUGCAAUAGAGAUGUGCACUUAAAAAAAAAAAAAAAAGGCCUAAACAAGAAAAUAGCAAAAUGCUGUGAUUCAUGUCAACAGGCAAAAAAGCAUUAUGGGGAGUAAAUGGUCAGGCAAUAAGUGUCAUGUUCCACAGCCCCACAGAGUCUGUUUGGAGAAGAUGCGUGAGGUGCCAACGAACUGAGCUAGGGCUCUGUGUUAUGGAUGAAUGUUUGCUGGACUCUGAUGUAAAGAGAGGGAAUUCCAUUUGAGGAGAACGCCUCUCAUCCUGUUUCAUAUGGUGUAGUACGUAAACUCCCAGUUACUCCUUAGGAAAUUCAGCUCUGCCUAUACACACAUCACACUGUGCAUUCUUGCAGUCGAAUAAAAUAUUCAGCAAUAUUUA